CGCCAUGGCUGCUGCACACCGUCGACAACGACAACGUCAACAUCACGAGACAUCGCUGGCAUCACGAGGCGAUCACAUCACGUUCCUGUCUCUCGCGUCCCUUUCCGGAGCUACCACACGAGCCCGCCGAUGUCUACGAGUCGCCUGCGACGGAGCCGCAUCGACUUCCGUUCACGUAGCUGCCUCAACCGAGGUAGUGCGUCAUCAUCGCGGGCUGCGGGAAAGCUUCGCAGUCUUCACGUCAUCCGGGGAGGCUUCAACCCUCGCGACGGUCGUCGUUUUCCCCGACGUGGUGGCGUCCGCGUGUCAAUUUGGGCAUCUUUGGAACUCUUUCAUCUGCCGCAAGCUACGAUUCUCCCCCGUCGGAACCGCCCAAUGUCGGACUCUAAGAGCAAGGUCGGGCGCCAACCUGGCCCGCUUACUUACCACCGAAACUCGGUUCGCGACGGACCUCGAUAUUCUGCCGGACGUACUGUCGGUCACGCGUCGGGCACGAUUGAGGCGAAAACGGCGCCGGGAGGUAUCCCUACACACGGUUUGACACUUUGCCACUGUCACAGUUUCCCGACCCCCGAAAAAUGCAGAUCAACCUGACAGGCUUCCUGAACGGUAGGAAUGCCCGUUCUUUCAUGGGUGAAUUAUGGGACCUUCUGGUCUCUGCUCAAGAAAGUGUUACGGGCAUUCCCGAGGCUUUCUUGCAACAAAAAAAAGAUCAAAUUAAAAAGCGUUUGGAAGAGCAAGAGAAGCUUCAAGCAUCGUUGGCGGAGAAAGAGAAAGAGAAGGAGCGUGAGAAAGAAAAGGAUGACGCUGACAUUAAAGUGAAGAAGGAGGAGAAAGAAAGGGGUUCGUCGAAGGAGCGCAGACGAGAUCGAAGCAGGGAUCGUGAUAGAGACAGGAAAAGGAGCAGAUCGCGUGAUCGACAUAGGGAUCGUGAUCGCUCGAGUCGUAAGAGAAGAUCCGUUUCGAGGUCGCCGAGUAAAAAUUCGAAGGAUAACGGGAAAGAUAUGCUCGAGGCUAAGAUCGAACGGGAAGAUUCGCCGCAACCGGAAAAUGCUAUACCUUUGAUGCCAGUCAAAACCAAGCCGGAAGCCGCAGUGGCGAUAUCAAGAUUGCAAGCCAAACUGAUGAGCAUUGCUGAUGGAAAGAAGAAGAAUAAUCGCACACCGUCGCCGGAAUCGUUGGACAAGUCGGCGAGGAAGUCGCGAUCAGGAUCCAAGUCGCCGACGAGUCGUUCGAAGAAAUCCAAGUCACCUAGCCGAGAUUCGAAGACGCGUCGAUCGCGAUCGCCCGCUUCGAAGUCCAGACGAUCUCGUUCCAAGUCAAGAUCUAGAAGAUCCCGAUCUAAAUCCAGGAGAUCAAAGUCGCGCUCGCAAGAGCGUACGAAGUCGAAGCGAAGCAAAUCCAAAUCGAGAUCACGCUCGCGAUCGCGAUCCAAGAAAUCCCGAUCGAAGAGCGAGGACAGGAGCAAGUCGAGGAAAUCGAGAUCCGACUCGAGCGACUCGCGAUCCACCAAGUCUCGCUCAAAGUCGCCGGAGAAGCAGAAGGACAAUGCGGAUUCUAACAGAAAACGCGACGGUAGUACGAGCAGCAGCUCUGGAUCGGAGGAGGGGAAGGAUGCGAAGGAUAAGAACGACUUCGAGAUACGAAAGAAGAAGGACGGCGUGCAAGCCAAGAGAUCCUACAGGAAAACCAACAAAGACGACAGCGGUAGCGAUAGCGACUCUAGUCGGGAGAGAAAAUCAGCCCCUAAGCGAAGAAGUUCUUCGCCGCGUAAGGAUAGAGGUCGAUCUAAGGACAGAGACAGAAAUAGAUCGCGAGACAGAUCGCGAGACAGGUCGCGAGAUAGAUCGCGAGAUAGAUCACGCGAUAGAUCACGAGAUAGGAAUCGAAGGAGAUCAUUGGACCGGGAACGCGACAGGAGGCGAGAGCGAGAACGCGAAAGGGAGAGGGAGAGAUUGGACCGAUACAGCGGCAGUCGCAGCAUGCGACCACCUUCGGUGCGCAGACCGCCUAACAGGCGCAGUCCCCCGCGCAGAAGCCCGGCGAGAUAUCGUCGUAGGUCACCGAGCCCCGAAGACAGGCGUCGCAAGAGAUCGCUGGAUCGUCGAAGACGAUCGUCGGAGAGACGUGACAGGCGCCGUUCGCCGGACCGACGUGGCAGCCGACGUCGCUCGCCGGACGGACGGGAUCGAUCGAGCAGGUACGAUAGAUCUUCCUCACGCGACAGAUCAAGUAGGCGGGAUCGCUCCAGAGAACGACGGGAUAAGGAUCGUCGAUCUAGAUCCAAGGAUCGUAGAUCGAGAUCCAAGGAUCCGAGAUCAUCGGUGGAUCGUUCGAGGGACGGGAAGCGGUCUCCCGAUCGUUCGAAGGGUACCAAGGAUAAGGCGAAGGACAGGAAAGUGGAUGAGAAAGCUAAAAGACCGCCUGAUACAGGAUCGCGAAAAGAAUUGCGAAACGGCCGGUCUAAGUCGAGUAGCUCGGAAAGUAGCGAGAGUAGUUCCUCUAGCAAUGAGGACGAGUCACUUAGGAAAUCGCUCGAGCGCAAAACGCCGCAGGAGAAGCGAGAAAGGGAACGCGAACACGCGGAUGACGCCAAGAAGAAGGAGAAAGAGAAAUCGAUGAAAGAAGAACCUGCUAAGCGAACGGAGAAGGAAAUUAAGAAGAUGGAGCCUGUCGUCGUGAAAAAGCCCGAGCCCAGUGUUUCUCCCAAGAAACUUCAAGCUCCUUCACUUCCUAUCACCAGACACAGAUUCUCGAAGAGCUUGUCGCGUACUCCUUCGCCGUUUAAGAAGACCGAAGACAUCGUGGCAGUAGCUGUCAAAGUUAAACAGACAAUUAAAGACGACAUUAAGGACGAAUCACCAACGAAGAUCGGAGAGGUGAAUUUUACCGUUGGAGACGCUUUCCCACUAAAGAAGGACGAAAAGUCUUUGAAAACGACAAAAUUAGUACCAGAAGAUAAAAAAUCUACUCAAAAGUCGUUGGAAUCUUCAUCCAAAAAACCUGCAGAAAUGACUAAAAAAACAAAGAGAGAAAAACGUGACGGUUCUACAGACAGCGAAGACAGUGAUUGUGAAGGCAAGAGAAAAGUGAGAAAACUAGAAAAAUCUAAAAAGUCUAAGAAAGCUUCGACAGAUGAAGAUAAAUCUGACAAGAGCAAAGCUGGAUCCAGCUCGGACUCCGAGGAUGACAGAAAGCAUUCAGAUAAAAAUAAAAAAGCUAGAGAUACUAGCCGAACCGAUUCAACAGAUGACCGUAAUAAAGAUAGAAGGGAUAGAAAACGUGAUGUUGCCGAAAAUGAUUCGCGAAAGCGUUCAAGGAAGGAAAUAGAGGAAGAGUUGAAGAAAUCAAAAAAAUCACGACGAGAUUCUUCCUCAGAAGAAGAGCAGAAAUCCAAGAGAAGCAGAACCGAGGACGACAGUAGAUCAAGAUCUCGGAAAUCGAAGAAAGACUCUAGCUCCGAUGAAGAACCUAAGAAAAUAAAGAAGAGAAGAGACACCUCGUCCGACGACGAAAAAUCUAGAUCGCGAAAAUCCAAAAAGGAUUCGACAAGUGAAGACGAAUCUAAAUCAAAAUCAAAGAAAUCUAAACGAGAUUCAAGCACGGAAGACGACGACAUUGGGGACAAAGACUCGAAAAAGAAGAGGAGAGCUGACGAUAGCUCGGACGACGAAAAGGUGAAGAAGAAGACGCGCAAGAAAAAGACGAAAACCAGCACCAGCGAAUCGGAGGAGAGCGAAGUCGAAGAGAAGAAAAAGAAGAAGGAGAAGAAGCACAAGAAGCAUAAGAAACAUAAGAAGCACAGGAAGCACAAGAAGAAGAAAGUCGCGGAUUCAGAUGAAUCUGAUGUAAGUGAAGGUAAUACCGAAGAGCUGGAAAAGAAACUUCGGGAGAAGGCAUUAAAGUCUAUGAAAAAGGGACAUAGCAUUGAACGAAGUGAUUGAGACUAACGUAUGAUCGCUAAGAAUGUGUCAUGCGUGUAUCUCUGUGUAUCGCAAAGCAUUUUAAUUAAGAAUAUGAAUAAUUUUCAUUUCUUAUCAAUCCGAUUGAAUUUAUUACUUUUUAUCUCACUCAAUCUCUUCGGAACAAGAUCAAAUGACAUUCAUGUGGAAUAGCUUUCACAUAAACGUGAUGAAGAAGAUACAAUUGACAUCCUCUUCAUGUUUCGUUAAGAUUUGUCAGAAUUACGUGAAGAUACAUCAUUUUCUCGUAUCAGUAAAAACAGUGUACAGAGGAGUGUACUUAUUCAUAUUGAUACGAAUUAUUUAUGUAUGCUGAUAUAAUUAAGAUUUUACAUUUUAAAGAAUCCGACAAGAAAAUAUCAUACAUUUUUUUCAGACUUUUAGUUCCUAAGUUCAAGUGAAAUUAGGACUCGUAUACACAGCGAUUCGUUUAAUUUGUAUAAAGCUUAGCUUUUCAUUGCGAUGUUUAGAAAAUAAUAAAUAGUAUACUUGAAUGACAA